AUGGCCAGUGUGGACAUUAUACCAGCGGCUAUGUGGAACAACUUGGAAACUUUGUCAAAAUUUCCUGAGAGCAGUGGAAAGGGCCAUAAAGGCCCAUGGUUGUUGUUCGUGUCUGAAAAUGGUCAUGGAAAGCGUGUUCCUUUGAGCAGUUUCCGUGUAUCAUCUUUGAAUCGAGUUGGUUUGGUAGGAUACAAGUUUUCUGCAGAGGAUCGCUUGGCUGCUGUUUUCGUGGUAGGAUUCUCAUUAGCAGAGGAUGGUGAAAGUGAUGAACAAGUGGUUCUUGUAAGCCAAAGUGGCACGGUCAACAGAAUUAAGGUUCGGGAUAUUUCAAUACAAUCUCGAUUUGCAAGGGGAGUUAUUUUGAUGCGACUUGAUCAUGCUGGAAAGAUUCAGUCUGCUUCAUUGAUCUCAGCAACGGAUUGUGAACCUGAGGAAGCUCUUGCUACUGCUCAAGGCUAG